AUGUCUCACUUAACAGCCUUACUUAGAAAGAACUAUAUAUUGUGGAAGAGGAAUUGUUGUUGUUCCGUAUGUGAAAUCAUACUUCCUUUGUUUUUCAUCGGAUUAUUAUUAACAAUCAGAGCUCAAGUUGAAAUAGAUGAUAUACCUGAAACUUCAUACUUAAAAGCAUACAAUGAUUCAGAUUUGCCUCGAAUUCUGAGUCCAAAUUUAAACAGUUUUUCCAAGAAUCCAAAUUAAGACACCGAAAAAUUGCUGAAAUCACUGCCCUAAUUGAAGAAUUGCAUUGAUAACCAUGAUUAUUCAGGAGCUUCUUACAGAAAUGGAUUAAUAGGAAUUGGACCAAAAGAGAAUGAAGUGGCUUAGAAAUUAUCAAAUUAUUUUAUUGAUUAUUAUGGAUAUGAUGUGAAGUGGUUCUAAAAUAAUGAUGAAGUCGAUGACUAUGUGAGAUCAGAUGGAUAUAAUAAGUUAUAAGAUACAUAAGGACUCUGUCUAGCAAUAAUAUUUGAGAGGGAUGAUGUAUUUUAGAAGGAUUUUAGCUACACUUUAAGAUUCAACACUUCUGAUUCAACAGAUUACAUAGAAUAUCCAUUGAAUAGAAAGGACAAGAUUAAUUCAUUUAAAUAUGAGGAUCAAGAAAUCACUUACUUAUUUUACGAAAAUGGAUUUCUUACUAUUCAAAAUUGGAUUGAUAAUUUAAUUAUUCAAUAAUAUGAUUCAUCUGUCACAAUAGAACCAACUCUCAGUCAUGUUAGAUCAAGAGAUCAUAUUGAAGAUAAGUUCCCAGAUUUUGUAAAUGGAGCAUAUGGAAUUUAUCUGGCAUUGCCUUUGAUGAUUGUAUUUUUAAGAAUGACUCAUGGGAUUAUUUAUGAAAAAGAGAAGAAGUUGAGAGAAGGAAUGAAGAUAAUGGGAUUGAGCAACACUUAAUUUUACUUGUCAUGGAUAAUCCAAUAUUUAUUGAUAUAUGGAAUCAUUUCAAUCUUGGCAACAGCUAUUUUAAAAAGUAUGAUAUUCGUAGAAUCUGGUUGGGGGUUUAUAUUCUUAAAUUAUUACUUGUUCUGCUUGGUUCUAAUAGUGUAAUCACUCUUUUUAUCAGUGUUUUUCUCAUAAGCCUUAACAGGACUAAUAGUUUCAAUUGUUUGGUAUUUACUAAUGUUUUUAAUGUUGAACUUGGUACCUGCAAAUGCUAUUCCAAGUAGAAGUUAAUAUUGGGGAGUGUCCUUUUCAAGUCAAGCUUCUUUGGCCUUUUCAUUUGGUGUUAUCACUCUAAUGGAAUCAUAAGGCAAUGGAUUUGAUGGGUCAAAUUUGACAACUACCAUCAAUAAUUACAGUAUUUCUAUAGCUUGGACUUGGCAUGUCAUCAAUAUUAUCGCAUAUUUGAUCUUGGCCAUAUAUUUGGAUUAAGUAUUUCCAAACGAAUGGGGAGUUAAGAAACAUCCAUUAUUCUUCAUUAAUUGGAUUUGGAAAAAGGACAGAAUGGAUAGAGUAAGUCAUUCAUCAAUGUCAUUGGAAAGAAUGAAUACACAUGAUGAUAAAUUUGAAGAAGUUGAGUAAGCUUUGAAAGAAUAAGAAUUAAAAAAUGAAGCACUCGUCAUUAAAGGUUUGCAUAGAACAUAUCCUAAUGGUAAAUAGGCUGUAAGUAACCUAAAUUUGUAAAUGUAUUAAGGAUAGAUAUUUGCAUUAUUAGGACAUAAUGGUGCUGGUAAGACUUCAACUAUUUCUAUGCUUACAGGAUUAUUGGAAAUUACAAAAGGAGAUGUAAUUGCUUAUGGUUAUGAUGUGAAAUCUUAAUUAGAAGAACUAAGAAAGAUAAUGGGUGUGUGUCCUUAACAUGAUAUUCUAUUUGAUAAUCUGACAGUAAAAGAACAUUUAGAAUUGUUUGCUUAAUUCAAAGGAAUUAAAUCUAGUGAAAUAUAAGAUUAAAUAACCAAAAUAAUAGCUGAUGUUGAUUUGACCGAUAAAACAGAUUAUCUCAGUAAGAAUCUAUCAGGUGGUUAAAAAAGAAGAUUGUCAGUUGCUAUUGCAUUCAUUGGAAAUUCAAAACUAGUAUAUCUAGAUGAGCCUACUUCAGGAAUGGACACAAGUGCAAGAAGAUAUAUUUGGGAAAUGUUAAAGAAUUACAAGGACAAUAGAAUCAUAGUGCUAACUACUCAUUUUAUGGAUGAAGCUGAUUUCUUAGGAGAUAGAAUUGGUAUAAUGGGCGAGGGUAAAUUACUAUGUUCUGGAAGCAGUGUAUUCUUAAAGAAUAGAUUCGGAGUUGGAUAUAAUUUAACUUUAGUUAAAGACAGCACAUAAGUUGAAUCUUAAAAAAUCAUAGACAGCAUAAUCACUUACAUUAACACUGCCACAGUUCUAUCUAAUGUGUCUGCAGAAGUAGUUAUGCAAUUACCAAUUGAUUCAAUCGACAAGUUCCCAAGUUUGUUUGAAUAUUUAGAUAAGAACUUGAAAACUUUGCAUGUGGCAACCUAUGGAAUCAGCAUUACUACUUUAGAAGAAGUGUUUUUAAAGGUGGCCAAAAUAGGAGCUGGACAUGAAUAAGUUGAUGAUGUAUAAAAUAAAGAAAAGAAUGAUGAGAUUAAUUAAAAUGUUGACUUAAACAUUGAGAAAAUUUAAGGAUUCUGUUCCACUUUCUUUUUGCAUCUCUUUGCAUUGAUGUAGAAGAGAUUUAGAAUUUUCAGAAGGGAUAUAAGAGGAUUGGUAUGUGAAAUCUUUGUACCUAUAUUAGUGGUCAUUUCUGGAUUGGCUAUUAUGACAGUGAAGUGGAUGAAAGAUGAUGAGUUGGCAAUCAUUACACCAUAAGGCUUAUAUGAUGACUUAAAGUUAUAAUUGUUUUGGGGUGGAGAUUAAGCUGGCUAGAACUUGAUGUAAUAUUUUUCACCCAAUGAUUGGACAAUUUCUAAAUUAUCAUCCAAAUUAGAAUAAGCUGAUUAAGAAUACUUCGAUCAAUUUGAAUUAAGAGAAAGUCCAGGAUGGUAUUUCUUUAAUUCAUUUGUUGGCUCUACCUACUCCUAUUGGUUUUUACAGAAUUCAGUAUUUGUACAAGGCUCACCCCUUCUCUUAAAUCAAAUGAAUUAAGCCAUCUUAAGGAAGGUUACAAAUACCGCCUCAGCCAAUCUUGAAGUAUCCUUUUACCCAUUCCCACAAACUCAAAAUGAAUAGAGUAUUGAUUAAUCAGUUGCUGGAUAUCUAUCAGCCUUUAUAUUUUCAAUUGGUUUUGCAUUCAUACCCGCAUCAAUUAUUUCAUUUAUAGUAAAAGAAAGAGAAAUCAAUAUUAAGCAUUAGUAACUAGUCUCUGGUGUUUCAGUCCUAGCUUAUUGGGCAAGCAAUUGGAUAAUAGAUAUAGUCAAACAUUUGAUACCUGCAAUUGUAAGUGCACUAAUGGUGUUGGCCUUUGACAUAGAUGCUUUAAUAUUGGAUGGUAAUUAUGGAGCAGUCUUUCUAUUCUUUAUUCUUUAUGGAUGGGCCAUCAUACCCUUUAGCUAUGCUUUAAGCUUCCUUUUCAAAGUGCCAGGAAACUCAUUGUUAUCCUCCUUCUUCAUUCACCUUGUAUUUGGAUCCAUCAUAAGUAUUGUCAUUUACGUAUUCUUCCUUAUUGAUUCUACAAGAGAUGCUGCUUCCUAUUUGGUUUGGGUCUUUAGACCAAUUCCAUCAUUCUCCUUUGCAUUAGGAUUGUUGAGGACAAGUUUAAAACAAUUCUUUGAAUUGAUUUUUGAGAAUUCAAUAACUCCACCUAACACUUUUGCAAUGAGAGUUGCAGGUGAGGAUUUAAUUGUGCUUGCAAUCAGUGGAGUUGGAUAUAUGAUUAUAGUGUUUAUUUUGGAAUUCUUUGAAGACAAUGGUUCAUUGUAAAAAUUGGGAUCUAACGAGGCAUCCAUUCCAUACAAUCCAAAAAUAUUGGAUGAUGAUGUGGAGAAAGAAUAAUAACUCUGCUAGAAUUAUAGACCUUAAGAUUAAGCAAUUUUGGUCAGAAAUUUGAGAAAGGUCUUUAUGUUAGAGAAGAAGUAACAUAAAGUAGCAGUUGACAACAUCUCCUUUUCAGUUGGCAAUGGAGAAGUCUUUAGUUUAUUGGGUGUUAAUGGAGCUGGCAAGACUACCACUUUCAAAAUAUUAUCUGGAGAAUUAAAACCAACUUCAGGAGUAGCCUAUGUAUCUGGAUAUAGUGUUAUUGAUUAAAUUCAAGAUGCCAGAAAAAAUAUUGGAUAUUGUCCUUAAUUUGAUGCCUUAUUAGAGAAUCUUACUGUACGAGAACAUUUAGAAUUGUUUGCCAAAAUCAAGGGGAUUUCUAAUUUACACCUUCAUGAAUUGGUUGAAAAAAAGAUGGUGGAAAUGGAUCUUAAGAGGUUUGAGUCUGUAGAAGCUGGGUAAUUAUCAGGAGGUAAUAAGAGAAAGUUAUCAGUGGCUAUUGCUAUGAUAGGUAAUCCACCCAUUGUAUUUCUUGAUGAACCAUCAACAGGUAUGGAUCCUGAGGCCAGAAGAUUCAUGUGGAAUGUUAUAUCAAGGAUAUCCACUUAGAGAAAGUAAAGCUCAAUUAUUUUGACUACUCAUUCAAUGGAAGAGGCAGAAGCACUUUCAACCAAAGUUGCCAUUCAAGUCGAUGGCAACUUGAGAUGUUUUGGAUCUGUCUAGCAUGUCAAGAAUAAGUACGGCUAAGGAUAUGAGGUUGAAAUCAAAUUGUAGAAACCAAAGGUUAAUCUCCUUGAUCAAAUCAUUGAGUAGAUGGGAUUAAGUAAAGGCAUAAAACUCAAUCAAUCAGCCACUCUCAGUGCUUUACAAAAGAUUAAUCAAGGUUAAUUAAUGAAUUAUAUUCAACCUAAAGAAUCAGGGUCACAUAUGUAUAAUGAUUUAAAUAGACACGGAAUUAGUGUUGAAACUUUGGCAGAGUAUGUACUUGUAGAAUAGAAUGGAAAAAAACUAUUAGAAUUUAUUUAGCAAUAACUUGGUCAAUAUGAAAUUAUUGAGCACUUCUAAACCUUUUAUAGGAUUAGAUUGCUUUCCAAUAUUUCAGCUGGCAAAUUAUUCUCAGUUUUUGAAAAGAAUAAAUAACAAUUGACUAUUUCCUAAUAUUCUAUCAAGCAAGCGUCCAUCGAGUAGAUAUUUAACAUAUUCGCAAAACAAGAUCUGCAAUAAAAGGACCAAAAAUAGGAGCAGGUUUAAAUUCAAGUUGAAUCAUGA